UGAAGAAGUGAAAAACGCUGUUGUGUGACAGUAAUUUCACCUAUUACACAAACUUGCAUGUUUAUCAUGAGGUUGAAUCCAGGUAUUCAUUAGUCAGCGGUUAUUAUGCUUUUCUGUUCUAUCUUGAAUAACGUGACGCUUCCAUAACGCAUUGUUCCUAUAAAGCGCUGUUUCUCUGGUAUUUUCAAAGGAUCAUAAAAGAUACUGAUAAAAAAAAAGAUAAAACUCUUUUGGUAUGUCACGUGCUGAGUAAUUAGUUGGAAUUUGUUUUUUUUUUUGUUUUUUUUUAAAAAGGCUUGAUUUGUAAUGCGCAGAAAAGUUUUUGAAUCAGAACACAUAAAAUGCUUUUGAUUUGAAACAAAAUUCAUUAAUUCGGAAAGUGACAAAAUUAUUAUUCGCAAAGAGACAAAAAUGCUUUUGCUUUGGAAUGUGCUAAAAUAGCUACUACUGAUGUUGGAAAGCGCCAUGAAUUGUUUUGAAGCGCGCUAAAAAUGGUACUGAUUUGGAACGUGCAAAUGAUGAUGCCCACACAUGCUGUGUGACUCAGGCUUGGAGACACAGAGUCCUGAUUCACUGAGCAGGUUCAUUCAUAUUGCAGUAGGGCAGAGCAGAUGGCAGUGAGGCGGUGCAGAGACUCUUUUAUAAUAACAAAGAAGGAUGUCUUUGAUAGUACAGUCAAAACAGACUACACAUGUUCCAAAUGAAUGAUCCGGAUAGUGGAGCAAAUUCAAACCUUCACGCGGCUGACGACAGACGGGAACUUCUAAUGGAAAUAUAACCACAUUAUUCACACUCUAAAGCCCUGCAAAUACAUUAUCUGGCUUUAUUGACAGAUAAUUCAAUACUAUUUCUCACUCUGACGGGUUUGAAGGUGUUUUAUCUGACUGUACUCCGUGCGAAGACAACAUGAAGGUGAAAUCUAGAGAUGAGAGUUUGAAUACUACUGGAGAAUGUGACGGAUCCAAUGACCUGCUGACGGGUAACCCUCCCUCAGGCCAGAGAAAAAAGAACAUGAAACAGCGCUUCCUAAAGCUUCUGCCCUGCUGUCAUGUGGACUCCACCCCAGCUGUCAGGCAAAGCAAUAUUGAGGAGGAUUUUGAGCUUGCUACCGUGUGCUACAGGCCGGAUAGUCUGGAUAAACUGACGGAACAGACCAAGUUCACCAGAACAGAGCUAAAAAUCCUCUACAGAAGUUUCAAAAGUGAAUGUCCCACUGGAGUAGUAAAUGAAGAGACUUUUAAGUUAAUCUACUCUCACUUUUUUCCUCAUGGAGAUUCUAGUGCAUAUGCACAUUUCCUGUUUGAGGCUUUUGAUCGACGCAAGAACGGGUCAGUGAGUUUUGAGGACUUUGUGGUUGGCCUGUCAAUCAUUUUGCGUGGUACCGUCACCGAUAGACUGUGCUGGGCCUUUAAUUUGUAUGAUCUCAAUAAAGAUGGCUGCAUCACUAAAGAGGAGAUGAAUGAUAUUAUGAAGUCCAUUUAUGAUAUGAUGGGGAAGUAUACGCAUCCGUAUAUGAAGGACAGUGCAUCUAGAGAACAUGUCGAAAGUUUCUUCCAGAAAAUGGAUCGCAACAAUGAUGGUGUCGUCACAAUGGAGGAAUUCCUGGAAACGUGUCAAACGGAUGAGGCCAUCAUGGAGUCCAUGCAUAUGUUGGAUCAUGUAAUUUAGCUCUAUAUGAUGAUGGCAAAUAUUGCUGAACAGCAACAGUUUUUGAUCUGUUGUGGCGUCUGCUUGAUGACUUCCUCCAUCUUGUACCUACAAAAAAGACUGACAGUGAACACCUGAACAGAUGCAAUGUGAGCAUGCCACGUUAUUUCACACCCUGAGGAUAAAAUUAUGUCUUUAAAGAUCAGCUGUUAUAGGCCGCUGUCUUUGCAUUUUAUAUAUUCUUUUUAAAUAUGAUGUGAUGAAAUAUUUUAAGACAGUUCAACAUAAAAGGCACUUAAAAUGGGAAUCUUUCAGUUUUUAAUUUGUCUGUCAAUUGUAUUUUUUAAGUGCACUAACAACAUAUAUCAUGUUACAAUUAUGUUUCCAGAAUGUAUGAAAAUCCUAUAAGCACAACCUACAAAAAACUUUAAUGUCAGAUGUUAUUAAUUCAGUUGUGUUGUAAUACAUUACUUAAGAUUAUUAUACAUACAUGCACAGCAAUUUAUAAUUAAAGGGAUAGUUCACCUAAAAAUGAAAAUUCUGUCAUCAUUUACUCACCCUCAAGUUGUUCCAAACCUAUAUGAGUCUAUUUCUUCUGCUGAACAUAAAGGAAGAUAUUUUAAAGAAUGUUUGUAACCAGGCUGCUUUGGGGCACCAUUGACUUCCACAGUAGGAAAAAAAUACUAUGAAGUCAAUGGUGCCCCAGAACUGUUCAGUUUCCCAUAUUGUUCAAAAUAUCUUCCUUUAUGUUCAGCAGAAGAAAGAAAUGUAUACAGGUUUGGAACAGCUUGAGGGUGAGUAAAUGAUGACAGAAUUUUCAUUUUUGGGUGAACUAUCCCUUUAAUAUCACUUAAGAGAAAGAUGGUGGAAUUAUGAACUAUGCAAAAGUGGGACAGUUUUUGGUGGAUUUGCAAUGGAGCACUGAUAAAUGUUUUACAUUCUCAUUAAUGCAUUUAUAUUUAUUUAUUUAUUCCAUUUUUAUUUCUGGUGAGAAGACUUUUGAACACAGGCAUUGAUUACGCUACUUAAAACAGCAAUUUUACAAUUAUUAUUUUUUUUUUUUUUUUUAACUUUUCUUUUAAUUAACCAUGCAAUCAUUUAUAGACUACCCAAACUUUUCAGUAGAUGCUGUAUAUUCCAUGUGGAUUUUUUUUUUUUUUUUUUUUUUUGCUAAAAUCAGAUGUUUAAGCUUUCGGAACAUGUGAUGGUUGACCUUUUCCAGUUUUAUUUAUUUAUUUUUAAUUUUAAAUAAAUGUAUGAUUGCUAUGCACAACAGUGUUGAUUGCAUUUCUAUAAAUGCUCAUAAAAUCCUUAAUUACAAUGCUUAGCUACUUCACACCUAAUUGUGUUAACAUUUUAAAAAUAAUAAUAAUAAAAAAAUUAAUGUAUAAAUAAUAUGUCAAAAAAUGUUAUACAAUUUUAAAGAA